AUGGUGGACAUAGACCUGUCCGAGGAGGAUCUCAAGGCGGCCCUGGGCCGGCGUAUCGCCGAGCAGGGGUGGCCCCUCCCCGGCACGGUCCUCACGCUGGCGGCAGAUUGGGAUGGGCCCAACAUCCUGGGCAGCGAGGAGUUCCUGAGCCUGAAGGCUGGCGAACAAGUGAAAGUCAAUGAAUUGUCCCCUGGCGGCGCCUUUCUUCACGGCUCGGUGGUCGGCGCUCGCAGCCUGACUCGGUCAGGAUGGUUUGGCGGCCCUGGCUGCGAGGCUGUGAAGUCGGUGUCCAUCGGAGUUCCCCUGGGCAACGGCUCCGAUGAGGAACUGCCCCUGAGGGGAGGAGGCAAGGCCGGCUCAGGCGGCGGCUUCAACGGGCAGUCCGGCUCUCUUCAAGAUGAGGUCGAGGCCUACGUGGAGCGGAACUGCGUGGACGUCCCAGCUGCCACGCGACUCAGGGAGUUGCCACCGGAGCUGCAGGCAGAGCUCAUUAAAUCCGACAUGACGAAGAGCAUCCGCAACCCGUCUGCGGCGUUGCUGAGUCGCAUCAAUCACCUCGUGAAGGAGGCGCAGUUCAACGAGCCUCCACCACAGGUCGUGUCCCGGGCCGAGGUCCCAGUCAUCCGUGGCAGCGCCGGUCUGAGGACUCAGCCUGUCGAGCGAAGCCGCAGCCCGCCACGGAUGAG